AUGCAAAAAUCCAUCGGGAAAAAAGCGGCGAACCCAGCUGCGAGGAAGGGGGGAGGUCUUGGCUCGGCGCCCGACUUUUUAUGUCCGUCUGGUGUUCUGUGGGUUCUCUCCGGCCGCCACACUGUCUGCCGGAGCCAAAAACACAACAAACAGCGAAAGGGAAAUUGGGAGGGAAAUCUCGAGAGGUCGCGUGAUACGAGCGAGUCUAAUAUUCUUUUCAAUUUUAUCAAUGACAACGGGAAAGGUGAGCGAGCUAAUUGGUAAUGGAAGAAGUACUAGAGUCGGUGAAAAACGGAGAAGAAAAAGAAAACCUCGUGGACAUCUCGGCGAAAGGAUAUGAUGGAGAAAGGGCAUGGGGAAUGGCGUAA